UGUCAGUAGCUGGUAGCUUAACAUAUCAAUGUUUUCUAAUUGGUUUUUCUUAGAUUUUAGAAAUUUAUUAUUUAAAAGAUAGCAUCAACUUUUAUUUAUUAUGUCUGCAAAUAAUUUAUCGUCAGUUUUAAAAUCAUGUUCAGAGAGUGAGUUAAUAAAUGAAGUAGCGGAAGCAAAUAUGACACCAAAACAGGUAGAAGGAUCACGAUUAAAGCGGACUUUUACCUUGCCUCGUAAUCCCUUUGGGACAUCCAAACCUAGUUCUAGUAAAAAUAAGAUUACUGAUAAUGAUAAUAAGCCAACGAGUGCAAAUUCUGUUAUUAGCAUUACGCAAAAAGAUGAGGGUGGCUUGGAAAGGAAAUUGUUUAGAAGGCCGUCAUGGAAGAUAUUCCUCAACAAAAUCGCUCAACAUAUGAGUACUGUGAAUGUUUCUGGUGUUAAAUCUGGCCCAGUUGCUGUCAACAGUGACAGAGUACCAUGUAGCGGCGAGCCACCAUGGCCCCCGGGUACCAUUCCCGCAGCCACUGGCAUCAAAAAUCACGGAAAUACUUGCUAUAUGAAUGCUGUACUACAGUGUCUUUCACAUACGGAUGUUAUUGCUGAAUAUUUUGUUUUAGAACAUUAUAAGAUUGACUUACAAAAGAGGAAUAAAAUAAAUUCAAAAAAGUAUGGUACAAAAGGUGAAGUGACAGAACAGUUGGCAGCUUUAUUAAAAGCAUUAUGGUCUUGUCGCUAUACACCAGAUAUGAGCACAGCUUUUAAGGCAGCAGUGGAAAGGCAUGGAACUCAGUACAGAGGAAAUAGUCAACAUGAUGCACAGGAGUUUUUAUUUUGGUUACUUGAUAAAGUUCACGAAGAUCUUAAUACAGCUACAAAGAAAAAAUAUAAAACAAUCAAAAAUACUGUGGGCAAAUCAGAUGAAGUUGUAGCAGCAGAAACGUUGGCAAAUCAUGCUCGUAGAAACAGUUCUUUUGUUCAGGCAGUUUUUCAAGCUCAGUACAGGUCGGCGCUAACAUGUGCAAAGUGUGAGCGAACAUCCUGCACAUUUGAUCCAUUUCACUGUGUAAGUGUACAAUUGCCAACACGACCAGUAGCGGCCCAGCCAUCCCCUUUGCCUGUUAAUGUAGUAUAUGUAAAUCAGCAACCUCGGCAAGUGCGUAUUGGUGUGGAGUUACCUCCUAACUCAACAAUGGAUGACCUUCGAACAGCAUUACACACAGAUACUGGCAUUGAUAGAGAGCAUAUUAUACUAGCUGAGAUCAAUGAAAAUGGCUGGAGUACGGGGCGCGCGGGCUGGGAGCCGGCCGGCAUCGAGCUGGGCUCGCUCUACUGCGUGGAGGCGCCGCCCAUACUGCAACCCCCUACCACGCCCUACCUCUUGCUCCUGUGGGUUAACAUGCUCGACGGAGAGAGAUUUGGCUCUCCAUACGCGAUGCAAGUGCCUCGAGAGAUAUCAUACGAAGAUUUACAGAAACUGAUGCUAAAGGAGAUGUGCCAAGUGGUAGCGGAACGCGUACUCGAGAAUGCUCAGGGAGCUGAUAUAUUUAAAGCGAGAAUUGCUGAAGCCCAUCGUCCCAGAGACCCCGCAUAUUUGCAGCCCGAGUUACCGCACCCAUUGUUCGCUCUGGAUGUAGAGCAAGCAUUGUGUGCCCACGACAAGUAUCCCCACUUACGUCUCGAAUUACUUUGGGAUCCAGCUCACAGAGACAGCAUCAUCCGCGAGUCGGGCGAGGCGUGCGAGGUGCACGUGUCGGCGGCGGGCGCGGCCAGCCCGCUGACGCUGCACGCGUGCCUCGCGCACUACACGCGCGCCGAGCACCUCGCACAGGAGGACGCCUGGAGGUGUCCUCAGUGUCAGAGAUACAUGCCUGUUGUGAAAACUCUUGGUUUAUGGUCUCUCCCAGACAUCUUAGUAAUACAUCUAAAGAGAUUCCGACAACAAGCUAAAGGCCGAACGAGUACAAAACUAACGACGAUGGUAGAGUUCCCAGUCGACGACUUCGACAUGAGUCCCCACCUUGUGCGGAGAUCCCCGCCGAGCGCGGAGUCGCCGAGCCACUCGCGCUCGCCGCGCCGGCGCGCGUCGCGGGCCGCGGCCGUGCACGAUCACGUGUACGAGCUGUACGCCGUCUGCUACCACCACGGUGACGACCUGGAGACGGGCCACUACACCGCGGCCUGCAAGAACCCCUACGACGGCCACUGGUAUAAAUUCGACGAUUCGAGGGUCACGUCUGUCGACGAUGAAAACGUUUACAGCGAGCUCGUUAACAAUUCGGCCUACAUGUUGUUUUAUAAACGCAAAAAACCAAAUGUCGUCCAUACUUGUUCCACCGAAGAGGGCGGACAUUGGGCCCUGAGGAUGCCUAAGUUUGUAAAACUUGCUGAAAAUUUAAAUGAGCUGACCGAACUUAUUGAGGAAUCAGUUGAAGAUACAAAAGAUAAAUCGAAUAAUGAUAAGUCUCAAGUUAACAACGUACCGAAGCCUAAACCAUCGCCUUCUAGAAGUAUAUCAAGUCUUCCAGAGGAUAAAGUGGAGACUAGUCCGACUAGGCAAGUUAACGUCAUCCACAGUACAACCUCAAUUAUCCAAUCACCCACCCUCCAGCGGCCGCUUAUAGUUGAAGUGAACGGCGAUAUUACGAACGACGAUUUAAGCGACUAUGAAAACGAAUCUAGCAUGCCCAUCGAGCCUUACAUCCACAAAGACGUUCAUGUCAAUCCAAAGAUGACCCCCGUCGAUACGAGAAGACCACGAUCAGUAGACUACCCGACCAGGUCUAGCACGUCACCUGCGUCUAGGGAUACCAACAGAAAUUAUGAAAGUUCACCUUUGGUCGCCAGUAUUAAUGGAGUCGAAUACCAUCCUACUACAGAAGACUUAAUGUUGUCGAUGUUCCAAGAGUCUAAGUUUAUUGUGCCCAGGCAUCACAUCGCCGGGGAACCUCAUAGGACAGGUGAGAAGUCUUCCGUAUGGAAAACUCGAAUAUCCACAUGAGAGCAGCUUAGAUCCCCUAUAAUGUAUAAAGAGCCCUUUCCCUUAUUUAUUUUAAAUGUAUUCCUAGAUCUGAGGAUUCCAUGUAGUUGACCGUUAUGUUUUAAAUAUCUAUAUAUUUAUAGCUACGAUAUUUCGUUGAAUAAUAUUUUCAAAAAUAUAAGUUCUUAUAGAAAUUCCAAACAAGAAUUUUUAUUAAUGUCGUUAAUUAAGAAAAACGCUCUUCGAAAUGAAUUUGUAAAAAAAAAUAUAAAUAUUGAGAUACGAUUUUUUUACGGCGUAUCAAGAUUUUGGUGUAUUCAGUCGUUAAUAAGGAACGUUUUGAUUUUUAUAUUACUGCGAAUAUUAUUUUUUCAAAGUGCUAGAGACUCCUAAUUUAGAACAUCCCUAGCUAGCAUAGACUUUACUCGAAAAUUAGUUGGUUUAAUUCUAGGUUUAGCAUGUGAGUACCUUGUUGUGUAUAUUGUAGCAUUAAUAGUCUGUAGUUAAAUGCGUAAAUGAAGAAUUUUGUCAUUACAAUAUCACACUUGUGCCUUGGCUCUAGGGUGUCAAAUUAUUAUGACUUUUACAUUGUACGAUACGAUUUUCCGACGUAUGCAAAUAAAGUGUGUAAUAUUUGUAAGUUAUGUCACUGAGAUUAUAAAGGUAUGUUUAAUAUACCAUAUACGAUUAAUUUUAUACUUGUCGAUAAAAUUCAAAUUUAUAAAUAAUAUAUUUGACCAUGGUAGGCGGCGUGUUGCGACAUCUAACUGUCUAGAGAAAAAUACAUGACCAUAGACAAAUGCUAACCAUAUAAAUAUUAUGCAAACUGCAUAGGAUUUUAGGUUCAUAUGUGAAAUAUUGUAUAUAUGUUAUUGUAUGUGACUAUGUAAUUUAAAAUGAUCAAAUUAUAUAGACAUAAUAAAACUUUUUAUACCAAAUGAUAUUGUUUCUUGAGUAAAACAAAAAUUAAUGUAAAUAUUAGUGACAUUUCAAAGCACAAUGCCACAAUGUGAUUUUAUAAAUUAAAUUUUGUAAAAGACAAUUAUAGUAAGUGUAAUAAUGUUAUUUCAUUAUUAACUAAUAAAAUAUUUGAUUGAUGAAAAUGUAAAAACAACACGAAUUGCUAAACUUAUAUUGUAUAUACUUGAGUGUAUAAAAAGAGAUUCAGAAAAAAAAAAACUAAUAGUAUCUUAUUUUAUUUAUUAAAUAAGUAGAUAUGAACAACAUUAACAAGAAAAUUGAUGUAUAAUUAUUUUUUUAUAAUUUAUUAAAGGCAACAAUAACUACUUACUUUCGAUACUUAUGAUUUGUAUCGUGGAAUAUCGUGUCUGCAACACUGGUAAUCGAAAGAAGUCUUAAUUUAGGUUUAAGUGACUGGCUCUCAUUUGUUUUAAUGGAUAUAAACGGCCAAUGAUAAAUUAAAAAAAAAUUAAUGCUUCCUUAAUUGGCAACACAAACGUACCUCCAUUGCGAUAAUAAUCGAAGAUCUCGAAAAUAGUUUAUUUUCUAAGUUUAUGAAUGUUAAUUUCUACGGAUUAUAUAAUUGGUCGUUUUUUUAUCCUUUAAUUAUAUUGUAUUACAUUCGUUGUUUUAAUUUAAAAAUGUUUAUUUUAUUUUACUUAAUCACGUUAUGUUAAAAUAUAAGUGUUAUGUGCACCUGA